AUGAUGUACGACUUCAACCUACCAACCCAGUUUGGUGAGGCCAAAAUCAGAAUUGGCCUUCCUCCCUCUUACCUCAUUAAUUUCCCGCCGUCGUCACUGCCCGAGACCAUUCCAGCUCCCCAUGUGGAUAUACCGACAUGGAAACAGCCCUUUAAUAUUCCUCACUCCCUAUAUAAUCAGGUGUUGGACGUGCGCGUUCCAAUUACCAUCGCCAGUGUCUAUGCCAUCACCGUUAUCCUGAUCAAUCGCAUUAACAAAAGCCGCGGAUAUAAGCCAUAUGCCUUCAGUCAAGCGCCACUCUUCAAGCUGUUCGUCAUCCUCCACAAUGUCUUCCUGGCAGUUUACUCCGCCUGGACCUUUGUCGGUAUGUUCCAGGCCUUCACCAACUCUUUCCCGGAUCGCGACGACCCCAAUGGAUGGGUGGCUUUCGUAGACUCGAUGUGCAAGAUCAACGGGCCUCGAGGCUACGGAAAUGCGGCCACAUACAGCCCUAUCACCGAACAGUGGUCCAUUGCCAACCCUACCUAUAAGCUGUCAAAUGGGUUGCCUGACUCCACUGAUGUGGGUCGACUCUGGAACCAGGGUCUAGCGUACUUUGGCUGGAUCUUUUACCUGUCCAAGUUCUAUGAGGUCGUCGAUACCGCUAUCAUCUUGGCCAAGGGCAAGAAGAGCUCGACCCUGCAGACCUAUCACCAUGCAGGUGCGAUGAUGUGCAUGUGGGCGGGUAUCCGCUACAUGGCGGCUCCCAUCUGGAUCUUCGCACUGGUCAACUCGGCUAUCCAUGCUUUGAUGUACUCCUACUACACUCUCACGGCUUUGCGCAUUCGUGUUCCGAACGCCGUCAAACGUAGCUUGACUACCAUGCAGAUCACCCAAUUCAUUCUUGGUACCAACAUGGCCGCGGCCUACCUCUUCUUCGAAUACACAGUUCCAACUCUCGGGGGUAACGCCAUUCUGUCCAAGACUGUUCAGGCCGUCGCCACCGCUACCAAUGAUGCCGGCCUUGCGCCUUGGCUGAAGAAGAUGGCUUUCCGCGCUGCCGGCGCAGAAGGCAUUGCUGGAAACGUUGGCAGUGCGGGUGACAUUCCUAUUCCGAUUUCUGGAAACACCCAGAGGAUGGUCACUUGCAUGGACACCACUGGCCAGGCCUUUGCCAUCUGGCUCAAUGUUACCUACCUUCUGCCUCUCACCUACCUUUUCGGCCGCUUCUUUGUGCGCUCUUACUUGAGGCGCAAGGACCCCAACCCACCCACCCACAUGGAGGCUGCCGAGAAAGCUGGUAUGGAUGCUCUCCGAAGUCUCGGCCGCGAGAUUCAAAAGACCACCGUCGAUGGUGAGAACAGCGAGGGUACCACCGAUGACGAGGUCGUCAACGCAAGUGUCCAGAAGGUUGCUGAGGAGAUCCCCCCUCAGAACUCCCCCAUCAGGACCCGGUCUUCUGCUGCCAAUAAAGCUAAAGCCGCGGCUCAGUCUGCAUCAGCUGAAGGUUUCUCUUCAGUGCCCGCAAAGAAGGGUGCCAAGAAGCAGACCAAGGAAGACCUAGAGGCAUCAGACGUGCCAACGGCACAAAACCCAUAUGAAGUCCUCGAUCGGAAUCCUUGA